AUGUCCGGGCGCCGCGGCCGGCAGCCCGGGCCGCGCCUGUCCUGGCUACUGUGCUGCAGCGCCCUGCUGUCCCGGGCCGCGGGCUACGUGCUCGUGAGCUCCGUGUCCUGGGCCGUCACCAACGAGGUGGACGAGGAGGCGCUGCCCGCGCUGCUGGAAGACUCGGGCAGCAUCUGGCAGCGGGGCUUCCCGGCCUCGGCGCACAAGGAGGACGCUCACCUGCCGCCCCCGGAGGGCACCGCCCGCGCCAGGCCGCCCCCCGCGCCGCCCGGGAUGUUCUCCUACCGGCGCGAGGGCGGCGCGAGGCUGCGCCCGGGCACCGCCCGCUUCCUGGCCCACGCCAGCGCCUGGGGCUGUCUGGCCACCGUGUCCGCCCACGAGAAGAUCCCAGGACUGCCGUUUGGGAACUGCCUGCCGGUCAGUGACGGCCCCUUCAACAACAGCACGGGGGUUCCUUUCUUCUAUGUGACACCCAAGGACCUCCUGGUGGCUGAUCUGAUGAAGAACCCCACGGCCUCCCUCCUGCUGCCGGAAUCCGAAGGAGAGUUCUGCAGAAAAAAUAUCGUCGACCCAGAAGAUCCCCGCUGUGCCCGGUUAACACUCACUGGCCAGAUGGUCGCAGUGCCUCCAGAAGAAGUGGAAUUUGCCAAGCAAGCCAUGUUGUCAAGACACCCAGUUAUGAGGAAGUGGCCUCGUCAGUAUGAAUGGUUCUUUAUGAAGAUGAAGAUAGAGCAUAUCUGGCUUCAGAAAUGGUAUGGAGGAGUAGCUGACAUUUCCAGGGAGGAAUAUUUCAAAGCAGUUCCAAGAAAGGCCUGA